GAUUAACGCAAUAAAUUUGACUCGUUGCAACGGAUUCACAAUGGAGGUUUAAUGAGAGUGGCGUUUAUUUAUUUACGACUUUGAUGUAGAUAACUAGCAGUUAGUCGUUAUAAAUCUCGGCUUCGCGUUUUGAUGCUCAACUUUUGUAGGCGAGAAGAAGGUUCGAGGGCUUAUCCCAAAGUCUUUUUCUACGUGCGGAAAUAGUCUUCAGGGCUAACGCUAUGUAGCAAGCUAAUAGCAUCCAUUUACGCGUCAACUCUGAACUUGUGAACUUGCACGCUAUUGUAAAUCAUAUACGAAGUUUGCAGGCAUGACCGAGUACAAGCUGGUGGUGGUCGGUGCGGGAGGCGUAGGGAAGAGCGCUCUCACCAUCCAGCUCAUCCAGAAUCACUUUGUGGAUGAAUAUGAUCCAACCAUCGAGGUGGGACUCACGUUUGCUGUGAAUGUGUCAAGACUCGUACAGGAAGCAGGUGGUGAUCGACGGAGAGACGUGUCUGUUGGACAUCCUGGACACUGCGGGUCAGGAGGAGUACAGCGCCAUGAGGGACCAAUACAUGAGGACCGGGGAGGGCUUCCUCUGCGUGUACGCCAUCAACAACACCAAGUCCUUCGAGGAUGUUCACCUGUACAGAGAGCAGAUCAACCGGGUGAAGGACAGUGACGGCGUUCCCAUGGUGCUGGUGGGCAACAAGAGUGACUUGAGCUCACGCUCAGUGGAGACGCGACAGGCACAGGAACUGGCCCGAAGUUAUGGCGUGCCCUUUGUCGAGACCUCGGCCAAAACCAGACAGGGUGUGGAGGAAGCGUUCUACUCGCUCGUAAGGGAGAUCAGAAGAUACAAGGAGACCAACCGCAGCAACAAGAAGAGCAAGAAGAACACUCAGAGACGUUGCAUGAUACUAUAGCGAUACACACUCCUCCUGUAAAGCUCUUGUCUCUCGCACACACGCACACACACUAGCCCCUCCUAUAUGUCAGGUAGACCACAAGAUAGUCAACAUAUUUGUCCAUUUAAUGCUGUGACUGUCCAGAUCAAACUAUGGUUGGUUAGGUUUUUAACAGCAGCAUUAAUUAAUAUAUAUAUUUUUUUUUAGAAAAUAAACUUUUCUCUUAGUGAUUUGUUGCUAAUAUGUGCUGCAGUGUCACUGCACUUUGCACUAAUGACUCAUUUGGGUCAAAUUGUGAUAGGCUGAAGCCUUGUGUUGUCUGCUGACAUUUCAAUGAUUUUUGACAUAUAGUAAAGCUAUUUCCUACUGA